AUGGAUAUUUUAAAAAAGGUUUUUCAAAGCAUCACUAUCCCUUCAAUACAAGGGUAUGACUUUGAAAAGGAUUGCGUUCUUACAGUGGGCUAGUGGAGAGUUUACAAUGCCAAGAAUAAACAAAGGCUGGGUUCAGUUUGGCUAUGCGAUUAGAGCAAAUAGUUUUAAAUUGCCAAAAAAGAAUACAUCAGUAUGAUUAAAUUAAAAUACCCUGGAAUUCUGCAAGUGCUUGAACCCCUAGUGGAAGAAAAAUCUCAUAUAGGAUUUGUCACUGAGAGAAUAGAAUGUACUCUAAGUCAGGCCUUAAACGAUAGCAAAUAUGUAUUGUCUGAUAUAGAGAUGAAAUUGCAUGUAUUGGAAAUUGUAGAUGGAUUAUAAUUUUUGCAUAAUAAUGUUCGACAAGUUCACUUAGAUUUACAACCAGAAAAAAUUUAUUUUACGGACAAUGGAAAAUGGAAGAUUGGAGGUUCCCCAUUUUAAUAAUAAAUUUUAAACUCUGUAGUUGAAUGUCAGAUUAGCUCUGGAUAUAAUAUAUUGUACACAGCCCCUGAAAUACUUUCAUCGAAGUAAUAAUGUGGAUAUUCAACAGAUAUGUUUUCAUUAGGAAUGAUCAUAUUGCGUUUAAUGAGAUUUAAAAAUAAUCGUGUGCCUUUUCCAGAGACUCAAGAUUAAGAUACCUAUCUAAAAUUUAUCAAGAGUUUAGAUUUAAUGAGAUAUAAGGAUGUACAUCAGGAAUCAUUUUUAUAAUUUUUGGGGUUAAUGCUAUCUACCCAAAUGAAUAAUAGACCUUCAUUAUCUCAAUUUGUUCAAAUUGAAUGGUUUAAAGAUCCAUAUUUAAUUACAUUUAACAUAUUAAACAAAUUACCAGAGUACGAUAUGCAAUAAUAAAUUGUGUUUUUUAAGGGAUUAUCAAGUGUUAUUUUUAAUUUUGAAAAAUCUAUUCUUAAAAAAAGGCUUUUACCAAUUGUUCUAAGCCUAACUCAAUAUGAUCAUUUGUUAACUGCAAUUGUAUAAAUUAUUCUUGAGACUAUGCGAAGAGAGGAUAUUAUAAACUCAACUUAAUUUUAAUCAGAAAUUUGGCCUAAACUUAAAUAAAUCUUUUCUGGAAAGGAAAUAUCUGCCCAAGUGUUGUAUGAUUUGGUUCUUGCUUUGCCUGUCUUUCAUAAAUAUAUAAGUCAAAAAGAAACUUAGGAACACUUGAUACCUUUAUUGAUAAAGUGCUAUGAAUGCAAAGUCCCCAAAUUACAAGAUUUAGGAAUCAGAGUAACAGAAUUUGUUCUUGAGAAUAAUGAUUAUACGUUUAGCAAAACAAAAAUUUUGCCACGAAUCUUUGUACUUGCAUUGGAUUAAAACAUAGAAAUUAGAAAAACAACACUCAUUUGUAUAUAUAAAACAUUAAAUGUUAUGGAUACUGAUUUAGUUUUGAAUUCAUUAGAAAAAGUAAAGGCAUUGGGAACAGAUCGAUAAUUAAAUUAGAUUGUCUUAAAAAUAUAUUAGUCAUUAUCUAAAAUUUUAUCAAUCGAUUAAGUGUCACAAAAAUUACUACCUUAAAUAACUCCUUAUUUAACUGAUCCAACGCUUUCAAAAUAGGAAUUUAAUGAAUAUUAUGACACCUUAUAAUAAAUGCUAGCCAGAAUUAAAAGUGAAAAAGAAAAGAACUUGAGUGACUAAAGUAUCAAUGUUAUACAGGUUGACUAUAAAUUAGCUUUACCUGAACCUAAGAGAUUAAUUGAGAAUAAAAAUGUAUAGUUUGAAUUUCUAAAUCAAUUUGAUUAAAGGUUAACGUCUAUUCCAGAUAAACCUGUAAUUUAAGAAGCCCCUAACUAAACACCUUCUUAAUAAUAAAAAGAUCAAGUUCCAUAAUCUUAAAAUUAAUAAGUACCUAUUAUGUAGCCACCAACUUAAGCAGCAUUUCCAAUUUAAGAAAAUAAUGGUUUCAAUACUAUCCAACUAGGUCAGCCUGUAACUUUAGGAAUGCCAAUUGAUUCAUUUUAAUAGAGUUCUUCUCUUAAUAUGUUUAAUUAACCUGGAGCAUUUAUUAUGGACAAACCCCCCACCCGAUAAAUUUAAUAGUUGAAUUAACCUACAAUAUAGCCUGCUUAAUAGUAGGGCUUCACUUUAGAAUUUAAUACAACCUAGCUUUAAUAAUAAACAGCCUUUGGAUAAUAAUAAUAAGGUGCCUUUCAAAAUUCAAGUUAAUUAAAUUAAGGGUAAUCAAAUCAAGCAUCUUAAUAAGAUGUAAAAAAAUUAAGUACACGACCCUUAUACUCAAAUAAUAACCAUUCAUAAUAAUAGUAAUAAUAGUAGUCAUAAUAAUAACAAUAACAAUAAUAAUAAUCAUUUUUUUAAUAACCAUAGAAAUAAUAAAAUAAUGUUUUUGAAAAAACUAAUGAUCCUUGGAGUGCUUUUAACUAGGGUACCACUUAAGAUCCUUGGGCGUAAUUUUAAAAUCCGGUAAUUUAAAGUUAAAAUUAACCUUAAAAUUAAAAUUAAAGCUAGGGCGUUUGGGGAAUAUAAAAUCAAUAAGCCUAAUAAUAGUCUUAAAACCAACAAUCAUUAAAGAAUAAGUAUGCCAGCUUUGAUGAGUUAAUAUGA